AUGCAGACUCAAUUGUACCACUGGCUAUGUGAACAUCGGCAUUCGUCAGCUAACAAAUUGUUAGGCAACAGCUCCAGUUUUAUUACACAGCCCCUUCAACAUCUUCUCGCAGCUCGUCAAGUCCCUUUAUUUCCACUUCCCUCACAAGCGCAGUCUCAAACUUCAACUUCUCUCGUAGGUGUUAACAUUUUUAAAACAACAACAACAACAACCACAACAACCACAAGCGGCUGCAGCUUUGAUGUCAACUUCGCUUCGUACGCAUCAUCUCUAACAAACUCCACACAAAUUUUCACUUUGCCAUCGGUGGCUCUCUCGCACAUUCGUGCGUUUUUGUGUGACGGGUAA